GAGACACAAUAAAAAGGAAAUGGAGUUUUCUUUUCUGCAGCUCACCAUCGCCAUAAUUACCUUUGCCGCCAUUGCCCAAACAUCUUUCGUACAAUCCGAUUGUGACUCUGAUUGCAUUAAAGGAUUUGUUGCUGCACAUAACGCGGCCCGACAAACUGUUGGCUCUCCACCUGUUCACUGGAACUCCACCGUAGCAGACUUCGCCAAAUCCUAUGCCGCCAAGAGGUCUGCUGACUGUGCGCCGCAGCACUCUUUUAACCAGGCGUAUGGGGAAAACAUUGCGUUGGCCUCUGCCGAAUUGUCUCCGGCGGAUGCCGUGAAGUCGUGGAUGGAUGAGAAGAAGGACUAUGACCACAAAAUUAAUGCUUGCGUCGGCGGCAUGGAGUGCCACCAUUAUACGCAGGCGGUUUGGGGCGGUAGCACGAGUAUUGGCUGUGCUAGGGUUACGUGCAAAACUGGUUGGAUGUUUGUCUCCUGCAACUAUUACCCUCCGGGUAACUAUAUGGGCGAAAAACCAUAUUAAAGGCAAUUUUCUUUCAUGGUUAUUAUGAUCUUGUGAAAUGCAGACAGCGCAUUAUAUAAAAAGAAUAUAAAUAUCUAAAAACUACACUAAUGUAUUAUCAUGAAACAAAUAUUGUUUCAUGCAUAUAUGGAUGUUGAUUCAAUUCAAUUUAAUUUGAACUUUUUCUUUUAUUA